CGAGGUGGGUGGGGGAGGAGGAGCCGGGCGCCCAUGGACAAGAUGGCGGAGCUGGAGGACGUGAGUCUGGACGGGCGGCCCCUGCACUCUCUGCGCGUCACAGACCUCAAGGCGGCCCUGGAGCAACGCGGCCUCGCCAAGAGCGGCCCCAAGAACGCGCUCGUCAAGCGUCUCAAGGGGGCCCUCAUGCUGGAACAGCUGCAGAAGACGUCUGGUCAGCAGGCUGGCUUGCAGCCCAACUCUUCCAUCGGGGAGGAGAUGAGCUCCAACAGCUUCAUCAAGCAGUACCUGGAAAAACAACAGCAGCUCCUGCAGCAGAGGAUAGCGCGCGAUGCGCAGGCGGCCACCGAGUCAGAGGAGGUGUCUGCCGAAUCGGAGGAUGAGACCACCUCGCACCAAGACUCGUUGGUCACUCAGCCUCCAGACCUGCAGUCCAUUCCCGAGAACCAGGAGCUCAACAGCUACACAGCGGCAGAGCCCCCGGUUGCGGCGGUGGCCGAGGCAUCUGCGGGACAGGACAAGAACGAGCCGGUAGAGCCGGAAGAAGAGGAGGAGGAGGAGGAGCGCGUCUGGCCCAAGCGAGUAGAGCGCAAGCGACGCAGCCGCAACUCGCUGCCUGCCGAGCCGGCGGAGGAAGCGCCGCCGGUCGUGAGGAGGACGCCCCGCAAGUGGAGCGGCGGGUACCGCGUGGACGACAAGGUGUUGGCGCCGCCGAGGGUCGAUGCGGCGGAGAAGCAGCAGGCGGAGGAGGACUCCGAGGAGCCUUCGCUCACGGACCGCCAGGAGGAUGAAGCCCCUAUCCCAGUAUUGACGGCCCAAGUUCCGUGUACGGAGCCGCCAGAGCCUGAGGCCUGCGGGGACGCACAGGCUCCCGCGAGCCCCCCUCCUCCCCACGCCGCCCCCAACGACGCCCCUCGCCUGUCGGCCAGAAGUACCCGCCGUGCAGGACUCGCGUCCGCUUGUGACGGUGAUGGUGACGCUACAGCUCCGGCAGAAGAAGCUGACGAAGGGGAGAGAGGCGCCACGGGGAUGCACGUUAAGCCCAAGAGAGGCGCGGAGAUGGCGCAGAAGGUGGCGGAGGAAGAAGAGAAGAUGGAUGUCACUGUGGGGAAAAGUAAAGGGGAGCAGAAGACCGCAACUCGCGUGGAGCUGGGUGGAUCCGCCGGCCAAGCGUCCGUCAUUCAAGCUGCGUGCAAGCGCGAUGGUGCUCCUGCUGAAGAGCCGAUGGAGGCAUCGCCGCCGCAGCUGGUGCAGGAGAGGUCGUCGUCGGCGUUCCAGGCUGAGAGGAAAAGCGCCACAGAGUCGCCCGUGCUGCAGGAGGCGUCCCCUCCACACCUGGAGCAAGAGGACGGCCCCGUGAAUGCGCCACUGCCCUCCUCGAAGCCUAUCUCCCUCCCACGUGGGGCCCAGCCAGGCAGCCUCCUGGAACCGCCGGUAGCGGCUGACGUCCCCCGUCCCCGCGCGGCAAAAUCUGGCACCAAGGAACAGGCGAUGGUGCCUGCCGACGGGCGGGUAGAAGCUGUGCCCCCUCCCUUGGUGGCUUCAGAAGAUGGGAAACCUCGGAAGGUGGCGGCAGCGGCUCCGGCCGAGGGCAAGAGGCGCGGCCGAGGCCGCUCCAGGUCUCGCUCAAGCUCCCGCUCCGCGUCGAGCUCGCGAUCGUCGUCAUCCUCCUCGUCCUCGUCUCGCUCGUCUUCCUCAUCCUCGUCUUCGUCGUCGUCGCGCAGUGGCUCCUCGUCGGCCGACUCCAAGUCCCGCUCGCCAAUGCGUGUGAGGAAGGCCGACAGGAAGAAGCGAAGCCCCUCACCCGGCGCACCGGGCGACGGGGAGGAGGAGACGGAGGGCCGCGCACGGAACCUUGGCCAGGGAGUCGAACCCAGGGCGGGCAGGGGUGAGGAGGAGAAGCGCUUAGCCGCCGUGCGGGAGGCUGAGGAAGCCGAGAGGGUGGCUCGCGAGCAGCAGAGGGAGCGGGAGGAGGCCGAGGUGCGCAAGCGUGAGGAAGCGGAGCGACUACGCCAAGAGGAAGAGAGGGAGAAGAGGCGCAAGCAAGAGGAAGCAGAGGAGAAACAGAGACAGGAAGAAGCAGAAAAGCGCAAGCAGGAAGAAGCAGAGAAGCGCAGACAGGAAGAAUUGGAGAAACGUAAGCAAAAGGAAGCAGAGGAGAAGCGCAAGCAGGAAGAAGCAGAGGAUAAGCGCAAGCAGAAGGAAGCAGAGGAUAAACGACGACAGGAAGAAGCAGAGGAGAAGCGCAAGCAAAAGGAAGCAGAGGAUAAGCGCAAGCAGAAGGAAGCAGAGGAGAAACGACGACAGGAAGAAGCAGAGGAGAAGCGUAAGCAAAAGGAAGCAGAGGAGAAGCGCAAGCAGAAGGAAGCAGAGGAGAAACGACGACAGGAAGAAGCAGAGGAGAAGCGUAAGCAGGAAGAAGCAGAGAAGCGCAAGCAGAAGGAAGCAGAGGAGAAGCGUAGGCAGGAAGAAGCAGAGGAGAAGCGUAAGCAAAAGGAAGCAGAGGAUAAGCGCAAGCAGAAGGAAGCAGAGGAGAAGCGUAGGCAGGAAGAAGCAGAGGAGAAGCGUAAGCAAAAGGAAGCAGAGGAUAAGCGCAAGCAGAAGGAAGCAGAGGAGAAGCGUAGGCAGGAAGAAGCAGAGGAGAAGCGUAAGCAGAAGGAAGCGGAGAAACGUAGACAGGAAGAAGCAGAGGAGAAGCAGAAACAGAAAGAAGCAGAGGAGAAGCGUAGAAAGGAAGAAGCAGAGGAGAAGCGUAGAAAGGAAGAAGCAGAGGAGAAGCGCAAGCAGGAGGAAGCCGAGCUAAAGCGCAAGCAGGAAGAAGCCGAGGUGAAGCGUAGAAAGGAAGAAGCAGAGGAGAAGCGCAAGCAGGAGGAAGCUGAGGUGAAGCGUAGGCAGGAGGAGGAGUUAAAGCGCACACAGGAGGAAGCGGAGCUGAAACGCAAACAGGAGGAGCAGAAGCGCAAACAGGAAGAGGAGGAAGCAGAGCUGAAGCUUAAGGAGGAGGAGGAACGGAAACGCAAGCUUAAAGAAGCAGACGAGAAGCGCAGAAAGGAGGAAGCGGAGGAAAGGCACAAACAGGAGGAAGCAGAACGGAAGCGUAAACAGGAAGAGGAGGCAGAACGGAAGCGCAAACAGGAAGAGGAGGAGCGCAAACAAAAGCAUAUGGAAGCAGAGGAGAAGCGCAAAGAGGAAGAGGAGCAGAAGCGGAAGCAGAAAGAAGAAGCAGAGAUGAAGCAGGAGGAGGAACGGAAACAAAAGCUUAAGGAAGUAGAAGAGAAGCGUAUAAAGGAAGAAGCAGAGCUAAAGCAUAAGCAAGAGGAAGCGGAGCUGAAGCGUAAGCAGGAGGAAGCAGAGAAGAAGCGUAAGCAAGAGGAAGCAGAGCUGAAGCAUAAGCAGGAGGCGGAGCUAAAGCAUAAGCAAGAGGAAGCGGAGCUGAAGCGUAAGCAGGAGGCAGAGCUGAAGCGUAAGCAAGAGGAAGCAGAGCUGAAGCAUAAGCAAGAGGAAGCAGAGAAGAAGCGUAAGCAAGAGGAAGCAGAGCUGAAGCAUAAGCAGGAGGCGGAGCUAAAGCAUAAGCAAGAGGAAGCGGAGCUGAAGCGUAAGCAGGAGGCAGAGCUGAAGCGUAAGCAAGAGGAAGCAGAGCUGAAGCAUAAGCAAGAGGAAGCAGAGAAGAAGCGUAAGCAGGAGGAAGCGGAGAAGAAGCGUAAGCAGGAGGCAGAGCUAAAGCAUAAGCAAGAAGAAGCAGAGAAGCGUAAGCAGGAGGAAGCAGAGAAGCGUAAGCAGGAGGAAGCAGAGCUGAAGCAUAAGCAGGAGGAAGCGGAGAAGAAGCGUAAGCAAGAGGAAGCGGAGCUGAAGCAUAAGCAGGAGGCAGAGCUAAAGCAUAAGCAAGAGGAAGCAGAGAAGCGUAAGCAGGAGGAAGCAGAGAAGCGUAAGCAGGAGGAAGCAGAGAAGAAGCGUAAGCAGGAAGAAGCGGAUAAGAAGCGUAAGCAGGAGGAAGCGGAGCUGAAGCAUAAGCAGGAGGCAGAGCUAAAGCGUAAGCAGGAGGAAGCAGAGAAGAAGCGUAAGCAGGAGGAAGCGGAUAAGAAGCGUAAGGAAGAGGAAGCGGAGCUGAAGCAUAAGCAGGAGGCAGAGCUAAAGCGUAAGCAGGAGGAAGCAGAGAAGAAGCGUAAGCAGGAGGAAGCGGACAAGAAGCAGAAGCAGGAGGAAGCAGAUAAGAAGCAUAAGCAAGAGGCGGAGCUGAAGGGUAAACAGCAGGAGGCAGACCUGAAGCGCAAGCAGGAUGAAGCAGAGCAGAAGCACAAGGAGGCCGACGAGAAGCGCAAGCAGGAGGAAUUGGCGAAGUGCAAGCGGGGGGCAGCCGAGCUGAAGGUCAAACCGCAAGAAGGAGCAGAGAGAGCUCCCCAGGAGAAGAAGCACAAAACGGAGGAGGAGGGUGGGGAGCGCCGGCACGGUGAGGAGCGCGGCCGGGAGCAGAGAGAAGCAGAGAAGGAGCAGCGGGGCCAUAAGCAGGAGCCGGGGCCGAAGCGGCAGCACGAUAAGGAGGAGCAGGGCGGUGCGCGCGGCCGUGACGCGAAGGGCGACGACCGCAAGCGCAGGCACUCGAGCAGCGAGGACGAGGGUUUGCCCAGACGGAAGGCGUGCAAGGGCUCGUCGUCGUCGUCGUCCUCCUCGACCUCGUCGUCAUCUUCAUCGUCCUCCACGUCCUCGUCCUCUUCCUCGUCGGGGUCAUCGUCCCCCGACCGCGAGAAGAGGGACUUCCCCCCCGACACGCAGAAGCAGCGGCGGGGCCAGGCAGAGCCCGGCCGCUCGGCCCUCGUGCCAAAUGAUAAGCGUUCCGAGCCGGCGCGUGACGAAGGGACAGGGAGAGUGGCGGAGGGCGCUCCUCCCGGCGAGCACACUGAGGCGAAGGUGAGCGUCCAGGCUGGCAUGGUGGUGCAGCAGCAGCAGCAGGGAGACAAGCAGCUGAAGCAAACGUCGCCACAGCCGCCGCAGCAGCAAAUGAAGCAGCAGCAGCAGAAGAAAGAGGAGGAGGAAGAGGAGGGGGGUGGCCGUACCGAGUCGGAGCCCCCUGCCACCCCCCCCGUGGGGGGCGGUGUGGGAGGUGAGGACGAGCAGCAGCACCAGGGCACGGACGACGCCGCCGCCGCCACCGGCGACAGAGCGGACGCUGGCUCCGAGGCGAUGGAGGAGGAGGGGAAGAGAGAGAACGUCACAGCGCGAACAUUCAAACGAAAGAUGGCCAUCGUGUCGUCGGGGAAGGCGCCGGGCGGUAACGGCGAGGCGGAGGGCGUAGGGCCGGCGCGCAAGCGGCGCUGGGGCUCCAGCACGGCCACCACCCCCAAGAAGACGAGCAUCAGCAUCAGCACCGACUCGCUCAAGAGCCUCAUCCCCGAGAUGAAGGCGGCGGCCGCGGCGGCGCCGGAGCCCCCGGUCGUGGACCUGCACGCCGAGGACGUGGCGCUGUCGGGGGCCGAGGACGACGGCGAGGGAGGGGCUGCCGAGGGGCCGCGCGCGCCCACGGCCCGGCCGGGGGGGCAGGACGACGACGACGCCCAGGGGGCAGGGGACAAGGACGUGAAGAUCAUGCGCACCGUCACGCAGGUGGUGUCGACGGAGAGCCAAGAGAACGGGGAGGAGCCCCGCGGCGAGGAGGACGAGGAUGACGAGGAGGACGAGGAGGACGAGAGGAAGGACGAGGACGACGACGGCUCCGUCUCCAUGGAUACGGAGCCGGCGGCCGUGAAGGCGGCCGAGGAGGAUGCCAAGGCCAAAGUGUUGCCGAGCGAGAGUCUGGUGCGCCGUUCCAUCAGCCAGCAGAACUCUGGCGUCUCGGUUACGAUCGACGACCCCGUGCGCCUCGGCCAGAAGCCGUCGCCGCCGCGGCACAGAGCGACCUGCAUCCUGCACAUCUCCAACCUGGUGCGGCCGUUCACGCUCGUCCAGCUGAAGGAGCUGCUGAACCGCACCGGGACCAUCCGCGACGACGUCUUCUGGAUCGACAAGAUAAAGUCGCACUGCUACGCCACCUACUCGUCAGUGGAGGAGGCAGAGGCGACACGCGCGGUGCUGCACGGCGUUAAGUGGCCGACCUCCAACCCUAAGUUCCUCUCGGUCGACUUCGCUGAUCAGGAUGAGCUGGACUUCCACCGGGGGCUGACGCCUCACAUGCCGGUAUCAGCCUCCACGGUCGACCAGAAGCCGGAGCCGGCGCCUGCCCGGCGCGAGCCGCGCGAAUCCCGCGAGCCUCGCGAGAGGAAGGGCGGCGAGCCGGAGCGCAUCGUCCAGGAUCUGCGCGUGGACCGCGAGCGAGAGAUGGCGCGGCGCGAGCGGGCGCGCGCCGAGCGCGAGUGGGACCGCGGCAAGGUGCGCGAGUUUGCCGAGGAGGGCGCCAAGCCGCGGUCGCGCACGCCGUCACGGGAGCGCCGCCGCCGCGAGAGGGCGCGCUCCAAGGAGGAGAAGAAGGCCGAGAAGAAAGAAAAGCCCCAGGAGGAGCCCCCUGCCAAGUUGCUGGAUGACCUCUUCAUGAAGACCAAGGCCACUCCCUGCAUCUACUGGCUGCCUCUGACUGAGGAGCAGAUAGCGCUGAAGGUGGCGGAGCGAGCGGAGCGGGCGAAGGAGCGCGAACGGCGGCGCAAGGAGCAGGAGCAGAAGGACCAGCGCGUGGCAGAGGAGCGCGUCGCCGAACGGGAGCGCCAGCGUCUCAAGGAGCGACAGGAGGAGCGGGAGCGCGAGACGCAGCGUCGGCGGGACCGCGACCGUGACCGUAGCCGGGACAGGGAGCAGCGCGGUGGCGGCGGUGGUGGAGGUGGCGGCGGCGGCGGUGGCGGCGGUGGCGGCAGCAGGGAGCGGAGUCGCGAACGGAAACGCAGCCAGGAGGAGCGCGGAAAGGCUCGCGAGCGCAGCAGCAGGGAGCGGAGCAAGGAUCGCGAGCCCAGCAAAGAGCACAGCAAGGGCCGUGAGCGCAGCAGGGAGAAUAGCAAGGGUCGCGAGCACAGCAAAGAUGACAGCAAAGAUGGCAGCAAAGAUGACAGCAAAGAUCGCAGCAAAGAUCGCAGCAGGGAACGCAGCAGGGAACGCAGCAAGGGCCGCAGCGGGGAGCGGGAGCAAAGCCAGGAGCGCAGCAACGCUCGCAGCCGAGAGGGGGAUGACAGGGAGCGGCGCAGGCCAUAGGUCCGGCACCCAUGGGGGCGGGUGGGCGGCAUAGAAGAGAUUUAUGCUAUUUUUCUCAUCUUAAUAGGGGGGGGGGGUGUCAGGCGAUACUGUAAAACCACCAGCCGUCUGUCCGCCUGCUCGCUCUCUCGCUGACGUUCAGGCUGUUUUGGUGUGAGUGUGUGCAGAGCGGCGGGCUUGCCUCUCGUCGGCCCAUCUUCCGUGCGAGUGCGAGCGAAUCAUUUCUUCCAACUGUGAAAAGCGCUCGCGUCUGUGAUCCAUCAUCAUCGUCAUAUUAAUUUGUACGGAAACCUUCUACAAGCACGUACAACGCUGUGUCAUGCUUUGUGCGGCAGUUCCAUUGGUAUGCAUUUAGUAUGUUUUCCAAAAAUCUAUCAUUAAAUACUUAAAUUUGCAAUAACUUUUGUAGUGCCUGAACGUGUGGACGCAUUAGCAAGCCGCGGGCAUUGCUGAGAGAGUGGUUUUACAGUAUCCUCCGCUAUUGUUUGUAUGAAUUGUUCCUGUAAUGUAGCGCGCGACUGUACAGUCAGACCGACUCGGUUUCCCAUAGGCCAGAGUAUAACCAUAGCUUUUAAGCGGUGUUGACUGAUGCCUUGCCAAUGCUAUGUUCGUGUUCUGUUGACGAGGGUUUUAAUUUUUCAUGGACUUUUAUUUCCGCUUGUACAGAUUGAUCUUUCUCAAGGGGGUGGGGCUCUUUGUGGGAGGCUUGGUCUCCAGUGAAUGGAAUUUCUUGUCGUGAGAGUCGCGAUUGCUGCGUUCUUAGGCCUCGGAAGAAGUCACGGUUGACCCAGCAGUAAGAGAUGCGACGCCCGUGCGUGAGCACAAGCGGUAGCGCAGUGUGAAAUGUUCAUUUGUCUCCAGCAGCCGAGACUCCUCCAUGACGGUGGAUGCACGUGGAGAGCAACAGCAGCUUGUCUGUCAGGUUUCACAUUGUAGAGGGGCGUUGUGAAGAGAGUUGGUCAUGUGCGCUGUGGGCAGAGGCGUCCUUGUUGCCAGGACGCCAAGGCUGUCAUCGUGUUCACCCUGAGCCCAGGCCACUGAUCUUCCGUGUUUGUUUGGGGAUGAGUGACAAGAGAGAAGAGACUCAACUCCAGCAUGUCCAUAGCGGGAGGCUGUUAAUGGUGCAUUCCCUGCAGGGCACUUAUGCUGGUUUAAUCCACAAGCCCGUGCCGCAUGGAGACUGCUUGAGCCCCUUCGUCCCUCUCGUUACACAACGCAGAGCUUCGGGCCAAACGACAGCCUUGAAGGGUGGUCUCACUUAGCCCCCUCCCACGAACCCGACCCCAACCCUUCGGCGGGCAUAGCUUAGAGUCGGCGCAGGCCCAUGAUCUUUCGUCCUGCGUUCGUGCUAUAGAAACGAGGCUUUUGAUAAUGUAUUGUUCUAUAAACUUUUGAACUACAGCAGACUCUGCGCUGAGCCGCGGCGGCUCUGGUUGCGUGCAACUCCCGUCGGCACGCACGCCGCGGUGUUUGCGGCAAAGUGAUUCGAACAGCACGAGGCUUCGGUGAUCGGGGUGCGGUUUGCAGUGCUCGGUCGGGUCCCGUCGUACUCGGUGCUGGGCGCGAGGGCAAUCGGAGAGCCGUGUGGCAGCGGGGAGCGGCGGGAAGGAAGUGCCGUGCUAAAGAGGUGUGUGUUGUAAGUUCCAUUAUUUUAUAUAUUGUAGUUGAGUUUUUGCAAGCAGUGUUCAGUGCUGUCACUCCCGCCUGAAGUCAAGUUCCAGUUAUAGGCAACACUUUUUGAACACGUGUGGGGUUUUUUUUUGUACCGAUUAGGGCCAUUAAAGCCUUGUUGUUUUUUUGUUUGUUUAAGCCCUUAGUUGUGCGUGUGGAUGUUUUGUAGGUGCGCACCCAGGCGCCAUGGCGAGCGAUAUUCCCGUGCGGUCGCUGCGUCUUGGCGGGGCACGCGUGAUCCGGGCUCGCGGUGAGCAGUGCCCGGGCCUCGCUGUGCAAGCGUGCGUGUGUCACCAUUCGCCUGGCGAACCCGUAACUGCCAGACAUCUAGACCAGUGCUACUGUUCCGCUUUGACUUAGUGUUUGCAUCAACUCCCUUUGAUUUUGUGUAUUUGGUUUGUAUAGCGUUUUUUGUCUUUUCUUUAAAAAAAAAUAAUAAACCAAUCAAUUUGACACAGUAA